GUGGCCGGCAGGCUGUCGUACCGCCGGCGCGCAGGGUGAUGCAGCUGCCGCCCGCGCUGCACUCCCGCCUGGUGGGGGCACCCGGGGCGGCCGAGCCGCUGCCUGUGGAGCGGGACCCCGCGGCUGGGGCCCCGCCCUUCCACUUCGUGGCGCGCCGGGUGCGCUUCCCGCGGGACCACGAGUUUUUCGAGGACGGGGAUGUACAGCGACACCUCUACCUCCAGGACGUGCUCACGCAGGUGACAGGGGCGCCUGAGAGGCCCAGGGUGCCCGAGUUCACCUGUCAGGUGGCAGGGUGCUGCCAGGUGUUCGACUCCCUGGAGGACUAUGAGCACCACUACCACACUCUGCACAGAAACGUCUGCUCCUUCUGCAGACGGGCCUUCCCCUCCGUACACCUGCUGGACAUCCACAUACUGGAGUGGCAUGACUCGCUGUUCCAGAUCCUGUCCGAAAGGCAGGACAUGUAUCAGUGCCUGGUGGAAGGCUGUACAGAGAAGUUCAAGACCAGCAAAGACAGGAAGGAUCACCUGGUGAGACGUCACCUCUACCCAGCUGACUUCCGAUUUGAUAAACCGAAGAAAAGCAGAGGCCCAGCCACGCCGGUGGCCACUGUACGAGUGUCGGCAGAAGCUCUGGGGGCUGAUGGGGAGCAGUCGGGAGGGGACGCCAUGGAAGUCUGCUCUGAACACGCAGCCCCCCUCCCAGAACCCGUGGGCGAGCGGUGGAUAUACAGCCACAGAAUACCUUCUACCAUCUGUUUCGGUCAGGGUGCAUCACGAGGAUUUAAAAGCACCAAGAAAAGAAAGGAACACCAGUGACAAUGUGGACAAAGAGCCAUGGGCCUCCGAGCAGACCCCAAGGGGGGCAGUUGCCUUUCGCAGGACACGGGGUCAGUAGUGCGAUUUCUCUCGCCUUCUGGUGUGGCUGCCCUAGGACCCAGGCCUUUGCCACCCUUGAUCCUCGAUGCCAGUCCCUCGGUGGACCACUGUGUGACCGCAGAAGCAGUGACAGACCCACCAGUUCCAGAAGUGGUCCCGACACAUGCUCGGGAACGAAACGGGGGCCAUCCUGAGGAUGUGCUUUGUAAACACGUAAAUACUUGCUUUUAACAGUC